AUGGCUACACGUUAUGAUCGUCUUGACGCAGCAUCUCUUCAGGCAUAUCUAUCCGGAAUAGAUAUUACUCUGUCGUCAGGGGUCAGUCCAGACAUGAUGCAUGAUGUCGGCAUGCCACCUACGCACACCCCGGGUUUGCUUGGUGAUGGACAAAAAGGUUGCUGGAGAGCACAUGCCAAUAUUUGGUCAAAGAUGCUGCGCGAAAACACGAAAGCCGCUCUAAUUAUCGAAGCUGACGCGAGUUGGGACACUAAUCUGCGUGAGAUUAUGUUAAACUUGAACAGAAAUUUCACAGAGUUCCUCCGCAGUACCGACUCACAGAGCCUACCGAAACCAAGGCUGAGAAGCCAGUCGCAGAUGACACAAAACGAGCCCUUGGAUAUGAAUGACGAGGACCCCUGGCAUAGUGACCACUGGGAUAUUAUUUCGAUUGGGCAGUGUUCCGAGGAAACACUUAACAGCGAUAUCAACAUGAUUUAUGAUGAUCCACACGUACCUCCAGGGAUGGACUAUUAUGGUCGAAUAUUAGGCCGGGAGAGAGUUAUUAGGAAGGCUGGUCAUCAGGGAUGCACGACUGGGUACGCAGUUAGUCUGAAUGGCGCGGCAAAGCUAUUGCUUCGUUUCGCAGCAGACUUGGACCAAGCAGUAGAUAUGGGCAUGUCGAGCCUCGUUCAGAGCGGCCACCUCACUUCUUAUAGUGUAUAUCCACCAAUUCUGGCGCAAUGGGUGUAUGUUGAUGGAAUUAGCAUGGAUCAACGGGGAUCAAAUAGCGACAUGGGAGGCACCGAAGGAAGUUCCAUUGGCAGCGAGUCGGAUCCAAACGCUGUAGAUUGGGAGGAUGUAAGGAAAGCUGGAAGUGUCUGGGCACCUAAGAAGUGGCCAUCGAAUGCGGCGUUUGAGGAGAUGGCUCUGCAGAGUGCAUGGCAACAAAUAUUUGGGGGCGCAGAUCCGUACACCGGGCUCACGACAACGUACUCUUGGUAG